CAACCAAUAAUUAACCACACAUAAUUUUCACUUAACAAAAUUCAAGAAGAAGAAGAAGAAGAAGAACAUAACAAUGGCGGUGACCAAGCCAACUAAUAAUGAGUCCUUCGAAGACCAGACUUCGCUCAUGAAGAGGAACCAGGAGCUGGAACAAGAGCUGAGCCGGAGCCGCGAGAGAGAGGAGGAGAUGAGGAACGAGCUUCUCAAAACUUGGCAGCGGCUUCGGAUAGCUGAAGACGCCGAGGAAAUGCUCUGUUCUCAGCUCGGCGAGCUCGAAGCUGAAGCCGUCGAUCAGGCGCGUGCUGACCACGCGAAGAUCGUCUCCCUCGUUAAUCAACUCUCACGCGCUCAACAGCUCCUUCAAGCUGCCUCCAUUUCGAUCUCUCUCUGAUGAUGAUGAUCAUAUGAUCUUGACACGUGGAAUAAUCUGAGCCGUUUGUUUUUAAAGGCCCUCGUUAUUCUCUUUAUUAGUUUGAUUUUUGAUUAAUGAUUUGUAUAAUUUACAAGAGCUUUUUUCUUCUGUAAAUUGUAUGUAAAAUCUGAAUUUUGUAAAAUAAGAAACUAUAUGUCUUUUUUAUUUUCUUUUAA